GCGGUAAUUAUCAGCGAAGAAACUCAAACAGGAGCGACGCAAUAUGACACAAAGGUCUCUCAGCUUGCACGAGCGCCUCGGCCUCUCUAUCGCGCAAAGCGGCGAGCCGUCCACCGUGGUCAUGACGGGUUAUCUUUCCUGCUCGCCCUCAGCAGCGCUUGCAUUCAUUCAGCCGCGAGUGGGAGACAUGUUGCAGCGAUUUCCCCUCCUCAGCUGUGCGGCCAAUGCGAUUCUGACACGGAAACCUGAGUUCAAGAAAAGUGCGCAGGUCAUAUCACCCAUCGACAUUUUCAAAAUCAUCAGCGAGCCAGCUCAUAAUGCCACGGACGCUACGAAAUGGGCACUUGCGAUGGGCAAGACGUUCAAUGUCACCGUUGCUCCACUCUGGAGCGUCGGAAUUCUACCUUCUUCCACAUCGAAGGAUGACUGUUUCGUCGCUUUAGCAAUCAAUCACAUCAUCAGCGAUGGCCGUAGCACCCUACAGCUCUUUGCUUCCCUCUUCACAGAUCUUCCCGGAAAGAUGAGCGUGGACAACAGCGAUCGGCUCCCUCCGCGUUGCGAGGACACAAUCUCUCACAGGCCCCGCCUGCCGCUUCUGAUGCGCACCCUAAUCGAUGAGUUGUUGAUUCCAAAGCUGCCGCGCGCUCUGGGUCGCAUCCUCACCAAACGGCCAGCCUGGCCUGCCCACAGGCCCCUCGCAAAGCAGCCAAUCGACUGCCCUGAAGACGUCAUCGUCAUCGAAUGCGACGAAGGUACUGUCGACGGUUUGAAAGCGCUCGCAGCGAAGGUCGGCACCCGAACCAUCCAUGCCCCGCUGCAUACUGCCUGUGUUGCGGCGCUUCUGAUCGUCAUCGAGGCCGACGAAGAUGGGAGUGCGAAUGGAAAGCAGAACGACAGGGGACCAGAGAUCCUGACAGGGACGCCCAUGUCUCUUCGCGACCCUGCACUUGGACAUCCAAUCAUGACAGGCAACUACGUCGCCAGCGCCAAUUGGCACAAGUCCAGUCGCUCGAUCUGCUCGACAAAGGUGUACUACCUGACUCGCAAGUACCACCACCUGGUGAAUCCCGCGGAUCGGCGCGGUGCAGCAGGUUACAUGGGUUUGCUUGCGUUCAUCCCCGAUUCGAAGAGGAACAUCAAGAAGCGCAGGUUCCAUGACCGCAUCUUCACACGCAAUGCAGCAAAUGGACUGGUCAAACCUAGUCCGACGGGGUGGGAGGACUUUGUGCGCGACAAGGCACGCUCGAACAGUCCUUACCUCGAUAGCCUAUGUCUCAGCAAUCUCGGCCUGCUGCCCGCGCAGACAGACGUCCUGCGGCAGGUCUGGUUCGCGCAGUCGGCUGUUGCAGCAGGCUGGAGCGCCGGUAUGAUGGUCAGCGUCGUCGGGCUCAAAGUGACGCACGAAGACCCAGCGCUGGCAGGGACGAAAAGCACUGCCGUAAGAGGCUCUUGCGCAGCGGAUGAGGACUCUGUCAUGACUAAGACGGGCGAAAUGACGCAUGUGACGGCGAAGGCGACAGGACACACCACAACGAAGAUCGGCCUCACUGUCUCAUGGCGGGAUGGAGCGGUGACGGGAGCCGAGAGUCACCUUUUCUCUGCAGCGCUCUCCGCUGCCCUGCUCUGCCUUGCGACUCAAGAUGUCUGUGAGAAGUCAAUCACAGAGGAAACUACCUUUGCAGAACUGUGCGAACGUGUCAAGCAGGCCUUGGCGGUGCGCGGAAAGUAAUGGGCUACCCAGGGUAGUGCACCGAUUGACGAGAGCAAUAACUGCCAGAGCUGGGCGAUAUGGAUGCUGCCCAUCACCACAUACUUUUCAUAUCGUCGAUAAUUAAAAACAAUUUUUUCUUGGUAGUAUCA